UUUCAUUCUUCUUACGCGGUCUUGUUGUAUAACUGCUUACAUGUCAGUCAUCGUUCCUUAGAUGACUUGGUCCCUCAUCAUGAACGUCGAUAAGAUAACCAAAUAAUCGCCCUUCAUCAUUUCCCCCCUUCCUCGCCACAAUGGCCACCAUCACUUCACCACGUAGUGACUCGCCCGCAAGCCACCACCGACUUCCACGCCUGACCUCACCUCCCAUCCCUCAAUCUCCGAGCCUAGGCGGAACUCCCACAUCGUCCGUUCGCCCGUCCUUUGACCUUCCCCAUCGUACAGGCUCUUCCUCACCUGGCCCAACACCACUCGGCGGCGGCAAUGCUCACAAUAACAAUGGCCUGGCUGCGAGCAAUCCCCAACGCCGCAAUCGCGCCGCUCUCAGAGACUACUACAAUCUGAAAUCCAAACCCCAACCUCAGUCCUCCAACGGGGCAGGCACACCAGGAGGAACUCAAACUCUGACUCGAAGCGCAAGCAUUGGUUCCACAGCCUCGGACUCGGCUGGCCGACCUCUCCCGUCGCCCAAUGACCAGAUCUCCAACACUACCCUCCCAUCCCAAUUAGACGCCCCGAGCUUCUCCGCCUCGGACUUUGUCGCCGACUUGUUGACAACCGCUUCUCUACGAGACAUCCUGCGCACAGAGUCGGCACUGGUCAGUGAGAUCCGCAACCUGGACGGCGAGCGGAAAGCCCUGGUAUAUGAUAACUACAGCAAAUUGAUCGCCGCCGUGGGCACUAUUGCCGAAAUGCAAAAGGGGAUGCACAUCGGUGUUGGUGAUGGGGCUGGAAAAGGCGGAUCCACCACUGGCAUUGGAUCCGGAUACCAGGCAAAGGGACUGGGACUGGGCUUGAAGAGCGAACAGACCAAGCCAGGUCUGGAAGGUGUUCAGGUAUUGAAAGACAAAAUCGAUGCUCUGGUCUCGGUAGUUACUAGCCUCGCCCCGGCUACAGCGCAAGAGUCUAAUGAUCAGGAAGCUUCAAACCACCGCGACCUCCGGACAAGACAAAACAAGAUUGAGACGGUUAAAUGGGUGUUGGCCGCCCCGGAGCGGUUAUCGGACCUGGUAGCGAACGACCGUUUGGAAGAAGCCAAAUCCGAGUAUCGCCAGGUCCUCGACAUCGUCAACGAAUGGGAUGGUGUCCGAGGAGUGGACGAGGUCAAGGUCAAGUGUGCUAAAGUCAUGCAGGAGAGUGAGAAGGACGCAACAAGUCAGGAACAAGACGCUGCAGAGCAAAGUUUGCAUCCACAGGAUUGAACCAGUGCUGUCCUGGUCGCGCCCCCUCAAUGUCUUUGGUCGGUGACCACACCUCUAAGCUGCCGACGUCCUCGCGACAUGCACGUCCGAUGAUAGGAAGAACUUUCGAACCCAUCGACCUGCAGCCGGCUCACCAUGGCUAGUGUCGCGAGGGAUUGAGCCACAAAAGGGACUCUGGCUUCUAUAUGACCACGCCGAGGACUGUACCGCUGGUCUGGUUGGGCAUCAAUCAUGAUCUCAAGGAAACGCUGAUUCUUUCGCCCACAAGCCUGACUAGCCCUUAGCACCAACUAUCCACGCUGUCGACCGCUCGAAUGUCCGCACUGGCCAGACAGCGUAACGACUCGGCAAGUCUAGUUGGAAAUGACGGCGGACUACAAAAUCAGAGAAGCAGCCUCAUAACCAUUUGAGAUCAUGCGACGAAUAUCAAUAUAGUUUGGUAGGAAUGGCCAUUGGUAUUGACUAUCUAAAAAUCUACCUAUCACCUUAUAUGGACAUUGGUGCGUGUGCCGUAAUGGACCGCCCAGUCCAGAUAAGGCGCCAUCAACUGACAAGUCAAGAAUCGAUCCCAGCCAUACGCGUACAAAGACAAAAUCAU